AUGAAGCUCUCCGUCAUUCUCUCCACUUUGAUGGUCGCCGGCCUUGUCGGUGCAGCUCCUAUUGCUGAACCAGCAUCAAACGCCAUUGAGAAGCCCGGUCCUCCUCCCCAGCAUCCCAAUGGUAGUCCCCAUGGUGACGGCCACCCAAAGCGUGAAGUCUCGCACCCACCUGCCAACAACGGUCACCCCGGACCAAAGGAUCAUCCCAAGCGUGAGGUAGCUUCUACAGAUGAUUCGGAGCACGGACACCCGCCUCCUCCGCCUCACCACGGUGGCCACGGACACAAGCGUGAAGAGUCUACCGAGACUGAGACUGAACAUGGACACCCGCCUCCUCCACCUCACCACGGUGGCCAUGGACAUAAGCGCGAGGAAGAUACCUCGGAUGAAUCUGACCACCGACACCCACCUCCUCCACCUCACCAUGGUGGCCAUGGACACAAGCGUGAAGAAUCUACUGAAGCUGAGACCGAGCAUGGACACCCUCCUCCACCACACGGUGGCCACGGACACAAGCGCGAGGAAGAUACCUCGGAUGAAUCUGACCACCGACACCCACCUCCUCCCCCUCCCCACCACGGUGGUCACGGACACUAA